AUGGCUGCGAAUACAACAGGUAAUGGUAGCGUACCCUGUAUGAUGCAAGAAGCCUGGCUUGGCGGUCCAACACACGAGGAUUUUUUACGUUACAAUCGACUUAUUCUCCUCUCUAUCCUGGGCUUACCUGUGUGUGUGGCUGGCAUAGUCACCAGCGGCCUAAGUAUCUGCCUGUUCUGUUGCGACAAGAAAGCGCCCCGAACAACUCGAAAGCUUCUCAUCGUCACCUCUCUAAUUGAUGUCCAGUUUUUACUCUUAUCUCUGUUCUAUCUCCAACCCUUAACUUUUUGUAAACGUACUAGUCCUCUGAGACUGCCGCUGCUAAACAACAUUCUGUUUGUGCUCGUCAAUAUUCUUGAAUGUUUCAGGAAUUGGUUGGUCGUACUCAUCGGCCUGGAACGCUUCCUAGUAGUCUGUUUUCCAGUUCACAGCAAAGUGUGGUGGAACGGGAAGAAAACUGACGGCCUCAUUGGUGGUUGUUUUGGAUUUUCAAUCGUGGUUAGACUUCCUCUCAUUUCUUACCUGGCAAUAGAGAAUGUGAAACCAGAGUGGUCAGGAGUGACGGAGUGGUUUUACCAGUUGCACUCCUUCACUGACAGCAUACUGGUCACUCUCAUCCCACUGAUAGUUCUCAUUGUCUGCAGUCUGCAAAUCGGACGUGGUCUCCGGCGGUCGGAUCGUUUUCGUCUUGGUCCGAGGGAAUAUCCAGAACGGCAGACAUUGUCAACUGUUAGCCAAAAACAGAACACCAGCUCCAAGUGCAGUAUUGCGCGGCGCGUUAAAUUAACCCGCGGUCUCCUAAUUGUCAUCUUCACCUUCACUUUCUUCAUGCUGCCCAUGGUGCCCGUGAGUAUUGUUCAGCUGCUUUCACAUCACUUCUUUACUUCGAAUUGUGCCUACUUGAUAACCGUUCACUUCUGCUCCUAUGUGGCGGCCCUCGGUUCUCAGAUGAACUCGACGGCAAACUUUUUUGUCUAUAUCGUCUACUGGGGCAAGUACCGGAAGAUGCUAAAACGGGUGCUGGGCUGUCAAUACGAAAAAGGAAUCUAG